AUGAAAUUACUCAAAUCGUUUUUAUCUAGAUUUAGAUUUUUUUAAAAUAGCACUUAUAAUUAAUAAAAUCAAGGGCCAUUAGCAUACUUGAGGAGCAAAAUUUAAGCAAUAUCUUUUAUUCCAGGAAGAUAAAAUGCCAAUUUUAGAUUAAUAGCCCCUAGUAAUGAAGAAAAGCUAGGAUUACCAUAAAAUAAUAAUAAUUAAAACAUCCCUUAAAUAGGAUCAUUUAUUCAUCUUUCAAGUCUUUCUUAAAUGAAUAGUACUUCAAUUUAGAACCAAGAUUUUCAUAACUUUAAAUCUACCCUUGAGAAAACUAACUAUUAGUUACUCUUCAAAGGCGCUCCUCCUUUAAACUUGAAAGUAUUAGAAAAGUGGAGCGAUCUUCCAAUAGUUGCCUCAGUUAAAAAUUUACUUACAAAAAGCUUUGGAGAGAACCUUUCCCCUCUUGAAAAAGUAGUUUUACCUUCAAUUUUGAGUGGGGAGAAUCACGUUAUUUAACAUUUAGCUGAUAGAGCUACUAAUAUGAUGUUUUUAAUCCCUGCUAUAAUGUUUCUUCUGUAGAUAGAUCCAGUAGAAGAAGAAUAAAAUUAGAUCAAAGUUUUAAUUCUAGCUAAGGAUGAGCAAAGUGUGUAAAGUGUCAAUGAAGACAUAACCUAAUUAAAAUCUAUCUUUUCUUAGGGAUACAAUUUACAUCAUCUUUAAUAACAGGUGGUUGUUGAUACUCCUAAAAAUAUACUCUCUUAAUUGAAAGAGAAUAAAAUUAACCUUAAAUUUGUAAAAUACUUUGUUGUAAACGAUUUAACAGCUAUGUACGAAUAAGGGUACGAAAGCGAUAUAAUCGCUGUCAACUCUUACACUUCUGCAGAAAAGUAAACUGUCAUUGUUUCAGAAAAGCUUAGAAACGACUAUCUCGUAAUUGAUAAUCUGAUGGCUAAUUUCAAAUUCUAUAUUUAUGUCCUUACACAAUACGCUUAAGUAGUACUUGAAGACUAUGCUUUCAAGGCUAGUCUCUGGACUAUUCUAAUGCUCUUGUUAAUAAUUUGCUAUCUUACAUAUAAAAUCUAAUCUAAUCCUGAUAAGAAGAAGGAAAAAUGA